GAAACAGACAGUACAGAAGUGAAUCGUUGAAAAGAACUUGUUCUUCGAGUACUGAGUUUGUUGUAAAUUAGUAUCGAACAAUGCAUCUGGAGGUGAAACUUCUCACGUUUUUAUUUACUGUGAUAUUACCGUUGUCUUAUGGCAGGUACAUUUGUCAUUUGGGCGUCCAGUCGUGUUGUCACCAUUCGAGCCGACCAACACGACAGAACGACAAGUACCUUAGGUGUCAUUACGGUUUCACGUGCUACAAGUGCUCGUACAAUUUGGGGUCAGAACAGAAACAAACCGACUGCAUCACCAACCCUGCCAACCUGGGACGGGGCGCCCACCUCUCUUGCAACGAGACGAGCUACUGUGUCCUCCAGGAGAACUUUGAUUUCCAGCAGAAUGUUGUGACGUCAUAUUUCCGGACAUGUAUGGGCGUGAGCUUGGGUAACGAGUGUCAGAAGUACGAGGGUCUCGUAAUAUGCCGCUCUUCCUGCCAAGGCAACUACUGCAACGAACACGAGAACGGCACGAACUAUCAAUCGUUCGUACAGAAAUUCCCGAACGAAUUCAAUGGCGCGAAACACUUGAUCUUGUCACGUGCCAGUCAUGUGAUAAGCGUGUUGUCCGGCGCGUUGCUGGUGUACUGUGCUAAUCAAGAGGUUGGGUGAGAAAAGAAACGAUUUAAUGUGCUAAUUUAUGACACGAAAUCUCAGCAACAUUCAUUUGUAAAUAUGACACUAGGGUUAAAGUGUUUCAUGUAACUGUAUACAAGAUACUUAAUUUCAUUGCUUAUAUUGAUGGAACUGAAAUUAAAGUAUGAAACAUGU